UUGACGCAAAGGCUGAAGACGACGUGCGUCGCGUGAGUUGAAGAUCUCGACGCUGUCUUGUGCCACAAACUAGAAAACAUCUUGGCUGUCCGACGGCUGGCUGCAGCUGUGAGUCGGUAGUGAUCGGUGAAUGCAUGAAUACAUGGUUUCCACCGAUCACGCAUUGUAGUCUGUAUGUUUCAGAGCUGAUUAUUGAAGUACUGUAGCACCACCAUGGGCGUGGAAGUCGAGACAAUAUCCCCCGGUGAUGGAAGAACAUUUCCAAAGAAGGGCCAGGCAUGUGUUGUGCAUUACAUAGGUAUGCUGCAGAAUGGGAAGAAGUUUGACUCCUCCCGAGACCGGAACAAGCCAUUUAAGUUCAAGAUUGGACGGAGUGAGGUCAUUAAGGGCUGGGAGGAAGGAGUAGCACAGAUGAGCAUGGGCCAGAGGGCAAAAAUCACCUGCACACCAGACAUGGCUUAUGGAGCGACAGGCCACCCCGGGGUCAUCCCCCCGAACGCCACACUUAUAUUCGAUGUGGAGCUGCUCAAGCUGGAGUGAUGCCUGAGUUUAAAUACAAAGGUUGAAGCUUGCUGAGGUCUGCGUUCCACAGGGGAGACCAUACCCACCAUCCACUUACUCUGUUGAUUUCUACAGUCUACUUUAGUUCAAUUUUUAAAUGCAUCUACUGCUGCUUUGUUGCCAUCUUGUCAUAAUAGAUCCUGCAUGGAAACAUUUCACAUCAUACAAGACUUUUUUUCACACACUCACACCAUCACCGUUUGGUUUCUGUUUGUUAGUCAGAGAUGCUAUUUUGUUUUGAUUUCAUUUAAAGUUGUACAUUUUGUGGAACCAUGAGGAAAUCCGUCAUCUGAUGAAAAGCCGUACUACAUUGCAAUCAAAAACAUAUACUGCCUUACAGUUUAAACAACAGAUGAAGGGUACAUUAUGUUAAAAGUACACAACUACUGCUCUGUAUCUCACCUGGGCAUUAUAUACCACUGUCUGCAUUGCCACUUUGAUAAAGGUUUGACCUGCUGAAUGCUCUGAAUGACGUUGCUAUGUGUAGUAUAUAUUUUAUAUCCCUCAUAUAAACAUGUACUGCAAGUGUACCCUGUCCAAUAUAACCCAAUCCAAUACUUUACAGAACUCUAUGAGAGCCAUUGCUACUAUUACAGUUGAUUGACCAAGUCUUGAAUAAAAAUGGCUUGUAUUGUGUUGA